AUGAACUGGUCGACCUCUGUCCUUACCACCGUGAGCUCAGACACGGAGCCUUCCAUUAUCGUCACCUUCGACAAAGCCAAGUAUGUUUUCAAUGCGGGUGAAAAUAGUGGACGCGCCUUUUUGCAGAGUAAAAGGAACUGGAGAAAGACGAGAGGCAUUUUCUUUACCGACGUUGGUUCGCAGCGCACAGGCGGCUUGCCUGGCCUUCUGAUGACUUUUGCCGACGCGACGAUUAACAGGAUAAAUGUUUUUGGUCCUCCAGGUCUAUUGCAUCUGAUGGCUGCCAUGCGUCUGUAUACUUACAGAGACACCAUGACGGUUGAGCCGAUUGAAAUCCCUUUGAAGGCCCAGAUGUCAGCGAAACCUACGCCGACUUUCAAGGACGAUAAUAUCACUAUCUACAGUGUUCCAGUCUUCCCAACCACCGAUGCACCGAUGCCAGAGAGCAUAGGUCCCAUUAUGGAAACCAUUACUCCAAAGACUCUGAAGCGAAAGCGUCAGAACGAGAACCUGGGGCCGACCGAAUCUCCCGAGAGUCUGGAGGGCGAGAGUGCCGACGACUGGAGACGGCUUCUUGUUCAAACCAUGUUUCCUGAGCCAGAAAAGCCUGCGAAGAAACAGCGGACAUCCCAGGAGCAGUCGGAGGAAACAUCUGGCUAUGUGAGACUCAACUCCCUUUCCAGUCGUGGUAUUCUCAUUGCUAUCGCAGAAAGACGAGCUCCUCAAGGCUUCUACAAGCAGCAGCCAAAAUUUGUUUCCCUGCACCCUCGUCGCGAUUCCGAUCCUUCUUUGACACCGACUUUGUCCUACAUAAUUGCCGGCCCUCGUGUUCGUGGCAAGUUCGACGCGGAAAAGGCUGAGAUGCUGAAAAUUCCUUCUGGGCCGCUGCGGAGUAGACUGACCAAGGGACAAACGAUAACUUUCAGCGUGAAGGAGGGCGAUACUAUGGUGGAACGAACUGUGAAGCCAGAGGAAAUCAUCGGGCCUUCCGAAGUUCCUCGAGUAGUCAUCGUUCUCGAAGUCCCGUCUGUUUCACACAUCCCUUCAUUAGUAGCAUCGUUCACCGACUCACCUUUCUACGCCAAGUUUCGAUCUCAUCGUACUGAAGAUAUGGCCGAUUACAAGAUACGUACCGUGUUCCACAUCUGCGGUGAAGGUGUUCUCGAAGACGAGAGGUACACUGCUUUCAUGAACGGUUUUGAUCCUCAAUGCCAUCACGUCAUAUCCUCGCGAGAGCACUGUCCUGACCCCGUAACUUUCACCAGUGCUGCCUUCCAGCAGCUGCGUUUGCAAAGUCUUGACCCCGAGAUAUUUGCUGUUCCCAAAUUUUCUCUGCAACCAGCCAAGGACAUCAAAGCGAUCCCCAAUAUGCCUGAACGAUGCCAUCUGAUGACUUCUAGCUCUACAAUCCAUCUACGGCCACCGACGGAACUUAUUCAGGAGGAUACCGUUCAAGACUUAGACCUCUUCCAUCCUGCUGUGUCUUCGCUCACACCUAUCGUCCUUCCAUCGAUCACAAGAGACAAGUAUGCAGAAGCACAAGCUGCUGUAAAAGCAGUCGAAUCAGAUGCAAACAGAGCGGUGUGUAAAGGAGCUGAUAUUGGUGUCUAUCCAUUGGGUACGGGCAGCGCAGUACCCAGCAAGUAUAGAAAUGUAUCAUCAACUCUGAUUACGAUACCUGGCUUCGGUAAUAUUCUCCUGGACGCGGGAGAGGGGACAUGGGGACAGCUGGUCCGGCUGUUCGGUACGGAUAAGACUGCAUCUAACAAUGUUUGGGAGGUGCUCCGUAACACCAGAUGCAUCUUUGCGAGUCAUAUUCACGGUGAUCAUCACAUGGGAAUCACUACUAUACUAAGAAAGCGGUUGACGCUCAAUCCUCGGCCGACAUCCCCGCUUUAUCUCGUUACUGUUCGAUCCGUACACCUUUCACUAAGAGAGGUAUCGGAAGUACAAAAUAUAGGCUUUGACGAUCCUUCAGGUAAUGGGGUGAUCACGGUGAUGAGCGAGGCUUUGCACUGGAAAGACCCACAGGCUUAUCCUGAAUUUGGACGAUGGAUGCUGGGAGGACGUGAGCCUUGGACGGAUAUUGAUGAGUCUAAACGGCAUGCGAAGGAUCUUUGUACAGCGUUGAACCUGAAGUCAUUCCGAACCGUAGAUGUUCGCCACCGGACGACGUGUUAUGGUCUUGAUAUCAAAAGUCUAGGCGGUUGGAGCAUCGUCUUCUCCGCCGACACCACUCCAGCGGACUCCCUCGUCUAUGCCGGACAAGGCGCUACAUUGCUUAUCCAUGAAGCCACGAUGGCAGAUGACCAAGAGGAGCUUGCCAGUGCGAAGGCGCAUAGCACUCACAGCCAAGCCGUUGGUAUUGGCAAACGGAUGCGGGCUGAAAAUAUCCUCCUGACCCACUUCUCCGCGAGAUACCCGAAGCUACCAUCUUCAGGUGCCAAGCAGCAGGAAGGCGUCGUGGUCCAUGCAUUCGACCACGCAAGCCUGACGAUCGGGAAUAUGUGGAAGUUGAAACAUUAUCUCCCAGCGGUGGUGCAGAGUCUGAAGGAUACGGAGGAUGAGGACGACCAGGAGGCUGAUGAUGCAAUUGCUCAUUCUGGAAUGGACGUUAGCCUCUGA